GACGCGCCUGGUGUCCUGGUUUCCCGGUAGCGCUGGGUGCAGAUAGAUGGAGUGCCUGUGGUCUUGAUUAGCGGCAGUAGUUGAUGGCUUGUCCUGGACAGUUCUGUGAUAACAGUGGUUUGGCUGAAAAAUUUAAUGUCCAGGUCUCCUGAGAACCCAUUGCAAAAGCUGCAAAUCCUCUGAACACCGGAACGUCAAAGGACAAGAUCAUGUAUUUGCUAGGCACUGUGAUUGUGGCUUUGCUCCUCACAAUAUUUUUAAGGCGCUUCAAGAAUAGAAUCAUAUGCCUUGAUCCUAAAAGACUGGAUGGCAAAACAGUCCUCAUAACUGGUGGAACAUCAGGCAUUGGCAGAGAAACUGCCAUAGCUCUGGCAAAACGUGGAGCUCGCGUCUUAAUCACGGGCCAAGAUGAGCAGAAAGAGAACGAAGCUUUGCGGCAAAUCAAAAAAGAGAGUAACAGCUUGAAUGUCCGAUUCUUGUAUCUAAAUAUGGCAAACGUUCAAAGCAUCCGAGAUUUCUGCAGAGAGUUCAUGAAAAACGAGAAACGUCUUGACAUCCUCAUCAACAAUGAAGGUGUGCCGGCAGUAUUGGACUGGACAGAGAAUGGUUUCAGUAUGUGUUUUGGGGUUAACCAUCUGGGUCCUUUUCUCCUCACAAAUCUUUUGCUUGAGCGUCUCAAAGGUUGUGCUCCAAGCCGCGUUAUCACAGUUACCUCCAACGUUCACAAGUAUCAGAAGCUGGACUUUACGGAUUUAAACUAUAAUAUAGUCCCACUUUUCACAUAUUGUCGCAGCAAGUUGGCAAAUGUCUACUUCACCCAGGAGCUGGCCCGACAAACUGAACGACAUGGAGUGUUCGUAUGUGCUGUUCAUCCAGGUUAUGUUGUUGGGAACUGGACACUGCAAUUUUCUUUCCUCUUCAGGAUAGUGAUGUACGUUUUUAUGUCCAUGUUUUUUAUAUCCUGCGAGGCGGGCGCUCAGACUGUAAUACAUUGCGCAGUGUCAGACGAUAUUCUCCAACAUAAUGGUGGCUACUUCUCAGAUUGUAAGCCCUGUAAAUUGCGUCCACAUGUGCAGGAUGCUGGUGUAGCCAAAAAACUUUGGGAGGCAAGUGAGACAAUGCUUGGACUUAAUUCUUCUGCUCGAGAACAUUUGGCAACACGAACAAAAUAGUUUUUCAAUGAAUGUAUAAAAGCAUGAGGACAGCAGUAUCCAAACAUUUGUAGUGUUUCUACUAAUCCGUUUUUGAAAUCUCUGUGAAAGUGAUUUAGCAGCUUAAAAGAGCCAGAUCUCUGAAUUGUUUCCUUUGUGUGUUCAUAGUUGGAAUGCAAUUAUGGUAGAAUAUGCUGCGUGUGUAUCUAGAAAAUAUAAAAAAUUCUAACCCCAAAUCUGAUGGGUAAUGGAUAUAAAAAAAAAAUAAUGGAAGUAUUCCUGUGGUGCAAUGUGAGUUUGUUUGUUUGUUUGUUUGUUUUGUCCUUCUGUCACGUCAACGUAUAGGCACUAAUGUAUAAGGCACUAUUUUGUUCUAAAACUAACCAUUUCAGUGUUGGUAUGGUCAUUGAAGUAGAGCAGCAGUCUCAUAAACCAGCACUUAAUAUUUUACUAAUAUAUUAUUUUAUUGUGUCAACAUGCUGCUCUUUACUGAGUUGCUGAUAUCAUAUAGAGAUUCUAAUAUUAAAACAGUGUUGGGAAUUGCUACCG